UCGGACCAUCACCGCCUCUUGACCAACCACGUCCUUUUGCCCCCUCACGAACGUCGCGACACGCCCGUCACCUUCGCUCGGCCCCGGACCAUCCCCGCCCCGUCCCCGCCGCUGCCGCUGCUGCCGUGUCCAUAUACAUUGCCGCUCCCCGAAUGCAGUCAGCCGGCGCGCCAACCAUGAACUCGACGCCAUCGCCGGCCGCUUCGGCCACCACGCAGAGCUCUGCCUCGCGUCGCCCGCCGCGCAAGAGCACCCUCACCCAACAGCAAAAGAACCAGAAGCGCCAGCGCGCCACCCAAGACCAGCUCGUGACCCUCGAGAUGGAGUUUAACAAGAACCCCACCCCCACCGCCAUCGUUCGCGAGAGGAUCGCGCAGGAGAUCAACAUGACUGAGCGCUCGGUACAGAUCUGGUUCCAGAACAGGCGAGCCAAGAUCAAGAACAUUGCGAAGAAGAGCAUUGAGAGCGGGGAGGAUUGCAAUGACAUCCCCGAGUCGAUGCGCCGCUACCUGGCGCUCCAGGCCAUGGAGUCUGGCAAGGGCCUCGGCCGCGACUUUCUCGGUCGCACCGGCGGCAUGGCUUCGUACGGUAGCGGUAUGCUGCUGAACACGGAGACCAGCUCCUCCAAAGUCGUCAUCCAUCACUUCGCAUGCCGCUCUCUGAGCAUCGGCUCGUGGCGCCGCGUCGGCCAGAGUGCCAUGGACCUCGUCAUUUUCUACUCGCCCGAGAAGUGCUGCGUCACCUACUACAUCAACAACGACUCCGCUGGCUACAAGAUUGAGUAUCCUUUCUCGUACAUCAAGAACAUUUCUCUGGAGCUUGGCGACCAGAACGCCGCCGAGGGCGCUUCGCAGAGGCCCGGCGGCUUGAUUGUAGAGCUGACGAGGCCGCCCAACUUCUUCAUGGACUCCUCCGGAUCUGGUGGUUUCUACCAGUGCGGCGACUUCACCGAGGACCAGCAAGCUUCGCAGGUCCUGGUCCACCACCUCGGUGGUCACCCCAAGGUCCUCAGCGGCCAGCUCGCCAAGCUCGUCUCUCUGGAGUCCUUCCAGAACAGGCACAACUUCUUCGAUCCCAAUGCUUUCGCUGUUUCCGCGCCUGUCUCUCCCGUCAACCACCGCCCCGCCUCGCAACCCAACCACUUUGUCCACCCCCACAAUCCCGCGUCUGCGUACCACCAGCCUAACCCCUUCGAAAUGGGCGGCGGACUCCAGCCCCAACGUGGACACAAGAGGCAGCGGAGUCGCUCGGUGCCAGUUGCAAUGGACUUUUCAAUGCUGCGCCAAAACCCCAUGCCUUCGUUCCUCAUCCAGCCCGAGCCGUCCUCCUAUCCUGCGGCGCCUUACACACCGCAGCAGGAGAUUUUCGCGCCGAUACCUCAGCACCACAACAUGAACGGCCCGAUUGGACCCCAGUUGAGCAUUGACACUUCGGCCGGUUACGGCAUGGACUACAGGCAGUACCCGAUGUCCGCUACCACGGCCAACUCGCCGUCCGAUUACGGCACGCCAGGUUUCUUCACGUCGAAUCCCGGUCCUGACAACGUUCCGGCCGCCAACUUCAGCACACCGUACAGCGUGCCUUACCUCUCUCCUCUGCCCGAUCAGUCGAGCAUCCCUCAAGCGUCCGUGUCCCCACUGUCCGCCAUGAGUCAUGGUGACCCGAUUAUCGCGAAUCAGUCGCCUCCGCUCACCUCUUUGGGCCGAGCUUCUUCCGCCGAUCUGUACCCGAUGGCGCACGAGAGCGCAGUGUCAGACGAUGGCAUGUCGUUGAGUGAGAUGUACUCGAAGCAGUCGCUCUCGCUACCGUUCCGGUCGCCGCUCGACGACAGCGCCAUUGAAGACCUCGACAUGUCGAAUCUCGUGUCCUUCGGCACGAUUGAUCCGUCAAGUCUGUCGCCAGAGAAUCAUCAACAACAAACGAUGUAGUUUUCAUAGCCGGCUGCCCAGGCCCCUUGGCAACGGCUCACGGCGCGUACCUGAGAGCAAGCAGUCGCGGAGGUCCGUUUGUCUUGGAAAUAGACCCAUUGGGCUUCUUGCGCACCUCGGUACCGCUAUUUACAUAACAUGCACAUCUACGCCACCGAUCGUUGAUACCCUCCUCAAACCAGUUUUUCAAGCGCCUGUUUCUUCUUCCCUUCGCAUAGUUGGACUCAACUAAUCUUAUUCUUUAAUACGAUCGAUCGCAAAUCAACAAUCAA